ACUGAAACUUUCCAAUUCGGACCGAUUGGAAAUAAUUUUCUUUGAUCCACUUGGUGUCCCUUUCACUUUGACUUACACCAAUGGACUGCUAACAUUCAUCCAACCACACGGAAUGACACACUUGACCGACAUGACAUCCCUCAUGACAUCGUUGGGGAUAGAUGCACAAGCGAAGCAAUUCAUUGCUCAAGAGGUAAAACAGUCUUCCGAAACGCGGGGUAAGAAAAGGUUAACUUCCAAACCGAAGGUCAUCGAUUCUCAAAAGUCUGGGAAGGCUGUGUCGAUGCCUGGUGCAAAGAAAGCAAGUGUGAAACCAAAGAAGAGGAUGCCUCCAGGCAAAGCAGCGCUGCAAGAAAUUCAAAGAUUGCAGAAAAUCGAGAAGCUUCAGAUUCCGAAGGCAGCGUUUUAUCAUUUUGUACACGAGCUUACACAGAAGAGAGAUGAGACUGCUCGCAUGCAGCUUAUUGCACUCCAAUCUCUUUGCGAGUUUUCAGAGCGGUGGCUGACAAGAUUAUUCGAAGAUGUUAUUUUGGUAGCAUCCUUUGCUGGACGUGUGACAAUCCUUCUGAAGGAUCUUCACACUGUCAUUCUGAUACGGAAUAAUGAUGUUAGCGAUAGGUGGAAGAAUAGAGCAAUGAACAAUGUAGCACCACCUCUUUUGACAAGGCUCUGCGUUCGCGAAGAAGGGGUGUCACGGCAGCAGACGAAUGGCGGUGCACGUCUCGUACAGGAACGAAACAAAGUUCGAGAUAUAACACGACAUGGAACAUCUGAAGAAGUGAAGAGUGUACGAACAAGAACGAAGCGUUGGAGGACAAAUUUGGUCGAAAUGCACCGUGAAGCGAGCAAACGAAAAUUGUUGAUGGCAGAAAUAGAGAAGCGAGAUAACGACAUUGAUAUCCGACGCAGGGAAAAGUCUUCGAAGUAUACUCCGAAGUCGAAGACAGUACGUAGAAAAACGCAGGCCGGAGCAACCCUUCUUGCUCCAAGUAAGUAUGUCACGGAAAAGAAAAGGGAGCACAACAAGGGUGAAGCGACUGUUGUGGACAGUGCAGAAGUAGAAGGAAGCGGUGAGGAUAUCGAAGGCAGCAUGCGUUGUGGUCGACAGGCGAGCGAGAGCAGUGGAGGUUGUGACAUUCAGCACAUUGGAGAGUGCGAAGACGAGCAGCUGGAGCAAAACGAAGCAAAUACGGAAGAGGGUGAUUCAAAGAACGAGAAUAACAGAGACAACGACGAUUUUGGUGAACGUGAAUCGAAUGAAGACGAGGAUGAUGAUAAUGAAGACGGUCGUGAAGAGAAUGACGAGAACGAUGCACACUUCACAAACGAUAAAGCAAUAGUUAUGCGAGGACGCGAAAAACGGGGUGCGUCGGAGAAAAGCAAGCUCAACAACCACAUUAGUGACAACAUCCACACGUUAUACGCACACUCCAAAAUAGUGAAGCAAUUGAUGUGUUGCGUAGCGAAGGGCUUUUGUUUAUCCCGAGCCAAGGAUGCAGAGAUGUAUCCGUCAGUCGACACGUAUCUCGAAUCCUUCAGGGGUCUCACCGAAUCUCUAGACCCGGAUACACGAUUCAUCGUAGAUCAGUCGAUGAAGAGCACAACACCGACAACACUUCGCACACUCGGAUCAAGUGAGUUGACGAACAUCAGAGGAGAGAUCGCUUACGACAUUGUCCGGUCUUUUUGGAGCGCCGCGGGGCUGCCUUAUCCAUGCGGAACUGUAAGGAAUCGUUUUGAAAAGGAGCGAGAGGAGAUGAGGACGAAAAUGCUCGAACAAUCAUCGGGGAGAGUGAAAGGCGAUAGGCCGUGGGGCGCAACAGAGUUCAAGAAUGUCGUGCGAGACGUUUUAUACAGAGAUUGGGACGAAGCAGGUCGAAAUGGUUGCACUCUUCAACAACUCCCAUUCGCUCAUAUGGUGUUAGAGUGUCACAUCAGCAACAAAAGUUGACCCGCACGCACGGCAGCAGCGAGCAAGGAAAUGCGAAGAAUAGAAGAAGCCAUCGUGUCAACUUGCAAGACCGGUAUUGGAAAAGUGACUAUAAAUGUGAUCUCUCUCGAUCGUGAUAAAACCGUAGUGCAAAG